GGCAACCCUCCUGCGGUGACAAUUAAUUUUGCACAGCUCAUUAGGCGUUUGGAAAACUUUCGUCGAGGGUGGCUUAAUAUUCCGGAUUUUAAACCUGUCAUUCCAGCAAAUGGUGGUGCAUAAAAGCUAAUUUCCUGGGUCCCUUCUGUUGUGAUAUAUUCUAUUAGCAAGGUGGCAAGCUCAAUUAGGCGAUUUCACGCUGGCAAACCCCACUUCAACAAGCCAUCAAGGAAGCCUAUUGAAAACUUAAUGAUAUAGCGAAAAUAUGGCUAAAGUUGCCAAGUCCAUUAAGGGGGACAGUCCCAGCGAUGCGGAGUACACUUUGGAGGAUGACCCCAUCGAGUUUGAGUUGGAAAAGAUGGAACGCGGCAGCGGCAGUUCGAAUGGCGAGAGCGACGACGAAGGUCAGCAGGAUCACAAGCAAGUGGACUCCAUCAUCGCCGAGAUGGACGAGCAAAAGGACAAGGAGCAGGAGGCAGCCGGUGAGCAGGAUGCGGAGAGCGAGGAGGAUCUGCGCAGGAUGUAUGAACUUAGUCUCCUCACGCCCGAGGCCAUGGCAGCUCACAUCCAGCAGCUGGAGAAGGAGCUCUACGAGCUGAGCCAACAGGAAGCCAGGGAGCUCAACCGGAGCAAGCACCUGCGCAUCUUUGGCAACUCCCGUCGUCGCGCCAACAAGUGAAGAAGUGACAAAUCUGCUUACGGCACACCAUACUCUACUAUACUAUACAGUAGUAUAUAUGACUGUGUGAUGACUUUGAUGGUAUCAAAUAAAGGGUCGUCAACGAAA